UCUGCGGAAAAGGAGCUGCGCGUCAACAACCAUGGAGGGUUUCUACCGGCCGCCGACCGUCGAUGCCGCAGCAACCAGAAGAGUCGCAACCUCAACUACUGCUGCCGCCGCCGCUAGCCCCACCAUCGAUGCCGCGGCAACCUUGCGAUUUCCUGCCUGGGUUCUCCUGAGGAAGGAGGCCCACUACGACGACUACGACAACGCCUACACCGCUCGAGUCAAGACGAGCACCGGCCGCAACGUCAAGGUGACCUUCUUUCCCUUCGAAUCACCGGCCGUCUCCUACUUCUGCGUUCACGGCCCUGAGCUCGAGGACAAGGACUUCCACGUCGAGCCCGAGGUUGUUUUCUCGGAGAAGGGCCUCGUCCUCCUCCGCUUCGCCUUCACCGUCGGCCCCCGAAGCACCUGUUUCAAUACUCAUCUGGCUGAAUACUUCGUCUACAAGGCUGGCCGUGGCAAGCCGUCGCUUACGCCGAUCCCGCCUGACGAUCGGCCUGACGAGACUAGAUCGUUUGCCAGCAUCUUGCCGUGCGACGACGACGAUGAUGGGAAUUUUCUUGUGGCCGAUCUUGCUAUGACACUGAAUAUUGGGCACUAUGUGCUCCACAUCUUCUCCUCCAAGACGAACAAGUGGAUCUCCAUGCCGUUAGAGUUGCAAUUCUCUCCUGCUGUGAUGGAAGACCUGCCCGGUGUACCCCAGAAGGUGAUUGCGCUGGGAUCACGUACCAUCGGCUGGGUCGACCUCUGGCGAGGCAUUGUCGUUUGCGAUGUGUUUGACACGGAACCCGUUCUCCGUUUUAUCCCACUACCAAAGCCCGAAUUCAACUUGCACGGGGAAGGCGACCCACAAGAAAUCCGUGAUGUCACCUGCUGCAAUGGUGUUAUCAAGUUUGUUGAGAUGGAGCAUUAUGAGACACCUGCUACCGCUGAUAGCAAUAAGAAGUUGAAUUUCAAGACAACCAAGGAUCUUGACAGCGUAAAUGUUAUCUAUGAUUCAGAGCUCUUUUUAGUCAACGAUGAGGAUCUGGUGGAAAUGGAACCUACUUAUCAUCCCGAUUCUUGGAAGAUCCGAACAUGCUAUCGGCAUACCUCUUGGAACCUUUGGUGUAAGGGGCACACGGUUCAUGUUGACGGCAUCUUGGUCAAGAACCCAAGGCAGUAUACGAUGUUGUUUGAGCUAUGGGAUGAUAGCGCUGGAAAAUGCACGUUGAGGAAACUGACAACAAGCUGCCCUGUCAUCAGCAUUCAUCGGGACGAUGUUGUCUACCUGAGCUCUAAGGUGGGGCUUUAUGAUGAGAAGGCAUGGGUGGUCGGUGUUGACCUUCGAAUGAAGACAGUGGAAAUACUUGAACCAUAUUCUGCUGAGGGAACCAGUUUGUACCAGAUACCCUUUCUUGCUUGUACAUUCUCAGAACAACUGAAUACAAAUCCAAGGUUGUGUGCGCAGGAAGACAGCCAUGCUCAAAAUUCUGCGUUGAAUGAUCAUCUUUCAUCAGGCUAUGGCAAUGUAAACAAUCUGAGACCACAACAGAACAUGCUGAACGUAGGCAACUACUAUGGGAGUUUUUAUGAACAUGGCGAUACCACACACCCAGGCUGCCACAAUUACCAUCAGCUAAUCCAAUUGUAGCCCCAGUUUGUACUGCCACAUAGUUUUCCAGAAGCCCCGCAAUCCAAUUUGACUUCAUCAGGAUCAGGAUAUCUUCAUCAAGUGAACAUUCAGUCGACGUACCCAGUGCCAGUGCUGAACACUGACGCCUAUGGCCAACUAUGGCUCUCAAUGCCAUUGGAUAACCGCUUUGUGGCGCAUCUGCCUCGGACAGCAGCGGCCCCGGCUGUGCCCUUCAACACACCUAUGAUGCCUCAGGUGUGGAUGCGAGCACCCACGGCUCUACCCUUCACCCAGCCCCAAUCGUCGUUCCUGCCUCCUUCAACGGCUGCUUAUGGUUUUCUGAACAACUAGUAAGGCCAUCAUGCGGCCGAGAGCCAUUAAGAUUUGUGUACUUAGAGGUGAACAUCACAUAUGUGAAAAGCUCGUCCUCCCUUGUUCAGUCUCAGUAAGUUGCUAAAAUAGAGGUGAAUAUAAUUUUUUGGACCCUCAAAAUGUAAGUAAACUAGUUUUUCAGUGUUUUACUAGUAUGCGAACAAUAUGUAGUGGAGACAACGGAUUGAGUGGCUCGUGAUCUAGCUCACAGUGCCAGGGACCAUCUCCCGAAUGUUCGAUUGGAGCAACUCUAACUUUGAUGCAUGAGGUUAACUAAUAUUUUGAGCUAUUGUAGGUUACUAUACUGAAAAAAAUAUGUAUAUAUCAACGAAAGUAUGUCACUCUAAAGAAAAGCAUGUCUUCUCAGGGUGCUCUAGCGUACGGUACAGUGGAAGCGCCGCCUCUAGUUUGGGUCUCCACCUAUCUGAUGGGUUCCUCAACAUUCAUCUGUGAUGGAUCUAGAAAAAAAGGGCUUAAGUUUAUGUAGUCAUAAAUCAUCCAACUAUUAUUUCAAAUUUCUUGAGAACUCGUAAUGUUAUUCCACAUUUGUUCAAAACUCAUAAUAUUGUUUGAUAUUAAUUGAAAAAAUUACUAUGUGUUUGGAAAAUCUCCGUCCCAUAAUUCUUGUCUCAAAUUUGUCUAAAUAUGGAUGUAUCUAUUCCUAAAAGACAUUUAGAUACAUGUAAUAUCUCGACAAAAAAUAUGGAACAUAGGGAGUAGCUUGUUAUCCUGAGUUCACUGUAACGAAGAGAAUGAACUAACACUCCUUUCCUUCCUCUAGUUCGAGACCUGCAGAAUUUUUCUGUGUACUCAUUUUUCCCUCGACUCUUUUGACAAAAAUUCUAUGGACUUGUCCCACCCCUCUUAAAAAAACUCCCAUCCUUUAUCCGGGCCGGGAGGCCUCUCGAAAAUCAACAUCGAAAAAUAGACCCUAAAAUUCCUGCACCCACACAGCAAGGAACCAAGCGGAGACGCUAAUCAUCCAUGGUAUCUACUCCCAUCAUGAUAGCCACUCGGGGCUGCCAAUACGUAAGU